AUGGAAGACCCUCUAUCCCAAAGAACAGACCCCCUCUACCAGAAAGACGGCCAAAAACACACCCAUACCUCCGCCAUAACCUCCAUCCACGCCCUGUCAUCCCUACCCGCAGAUACCCAAUCUCUAUUCAGACCACCACCAGAAACCGAACCCUUUGUCCUAACCACCCCCUCAACCAUCUUCCACGCUCAAGGCGGCGGCCAACCUUCCGACACUGGCACCAUCUCCACGGGCAGCACAACAUUCCACGUGCACCAAGUCCGCAAAGUCGAUCCCGCGAUCCUGCACAUGGGCGUCUUCUCUCCCUCUGACAAGAAAUUCGAUGCAAACGGAGAAGCAGAAACAGAACAGAAGAUCGACACUUCGAAACGGCACCUACACUCCCGCAUCCACACCGCCGGCCACGUCAUCGGUCUCGCCGUCGCCCAUCUAAAAACCACAGGCUCAAUUGCUCCCGACGUCGUCGACGGAAAAGCGUCGCACUACCCCGGUGCCGCAUUUGUAGAGUUCUCAGGCCUCAUCCCGGGAGACAAGAAAGCUGCAAUCCAAGCAAUAGUGGACGAGAUGGUAGCCGCGGACAUGGACGUCAAAAUCCAUUUCUGGGACGAGGAAAAGGCGAAGAAGGAGUGCACUGGGGUUAUGGAUACGCUGAAAGGAGAUGAAGAGGAUGGCGUUAGGGUUGUGGAGAUAGGGGAAGAGGGGAGUUAUCCGUGUGGCGGGACGCAUGUGCAGAAGCUGAAGGAGUGUGGGAGGGUUGUUGUGAGGAAUAUUAAGAGGCAGAAGGGGAUUACCAAGGUUAGCUAUGAGGUGCAAGACGCGUGA